GUGACUCACUCUGUAGCUAAGUUAACCUAUACAAGUUCAAGGUUUAUUUUGGUUGUUUAAAUAAUUACUGUGGUUUGUUAUGAAAACCUGAUCAUAAUUUAUAUUAAAGUACAAUGCAUGAAGCGUAUCAAGUCUCCCAAUUACUCAAAUUAACUGUCCAAAUUGAGUCUAUAACGGCCUACGAUGAAAAUUUGCUUGUUGGAACACGACAAGGGCACCUGUUUAUGUAUAGAGUUGUCUCUACCUCUGAUGACAAAUACGACGUAGAAUUAAUGAGGUAUAAUAAAACCUUCAGCAAAAAGCCAAUACAGCAGCUCGAUGUUAUUCCUGAACAACAUUUGCUAGUCAGUUUAAUUGAUAACGUUAUACAGGUUCACGACAUCAAUGGAAGUCAAUUUCCAAUUGUGCACCAAGCGACUGGCACCAAGGGUGCUAAUAUUUUUACAAUUGAUUCACAGAUCAAGACGUCUAUGACUGGCGAGAAAAGCUUGUUCGCACGAUUGUGUGUUGCAGUGAAAAGGAAGUUGCAACUUUACUACUGGAAAAAUAACGAAUUUUUGAAAUUAAUUGAUGACAUUUCUUUAAAUGAUGUUCCCCGUGCGCUUGGAUGGUGUCAAGAGACUUUGUGUGUGGGGUUUCGUGGGGAGUACUCUCUUUUUGAGUUAUCGGGAGAAAAACAAGAUCUCUUUCCAACAAGCAGCAGUAAAUCCAUCGAUCCGUGCAUAAUGAAAGUAUCUGAUACUAUUUUUGCAUUGGGCCGAGAAACACAGACGGUUCUUGUUAAUGUUAAAGGUGAUGCCGAAAAGACGAAAGCGUUACGUUGGUCUGACAUACCGAUCGCGAUGUCGUGGGAUGAACCGUACACGAUCGGAGUACUUCCUGAAUCCAUUGAGGUCCAAACUUUUGAACCGGGUGGAUUGGUGCAAAUCUUGGAUAAUUUACCGAAAGCUCGACUGGUGUCGCAUUGCAAACAGGGGUUGGUUUAUAUUGCUUCAGUUAGUCAAGUGUGGUGUCUUCAUGGCGUUGAUAUAUCGAAACAACGUGAAAUGCUUCUGAAGGAUAAACAGUUUCAGUUAGCACUCACACUAACGAAAGUUUCUAAUGAAACGGAAGAGGAUAAAUGCGAAAAAAUUCACCAAAUUCAAACACUGUUAGCUUACGACUUGUUCGCGAAUAAAGAGUUUACGAAGAGCAUGAAGGAAUUUCUAAAGCUCGACACGGAUCCGUAUGAUGUAAUUCGUUUGUUCCCCGAUUUGCUGCCCCAACAAACUGGCGUUCCGGAAACGCAGGAUGUGUCCGAAAAACUUACCGAGCGCGAAUUGGAAGACGGUCUUUUAGCUCUAAUUGAAUACUUGACGGAAGUGCGUCAUAAAUUGCAGAACGAACCCAAAGUACCGAACGUUAACGCCAGCGGUAAUUUAAACGAGAAAGCGAACUGUAGUAAAUCGACUCAGCAGCUAUUGCAAAUAAUAGACACCACCCUACUGAAGUGUUACCUCCAAACGAAUGACGCCUUGGUGGCGCCCUUACUGAGAUUAAAUCAUUGCCAUCUUGCUGAGACUGAGCGCACUUUAAAGAAGCAUGGAAAAUUGAACGAAUUAAUCAUCCUUUACCAAACGAAAGGGCAACAUCGACGUGCGCUCGAGCUGCUGCAACGGGAAAAAACUGUCGACAAAACCGUUACAUACCUACAGCAACUCGGCGCCGACAAUAUGGGCCUAAUAUUGGAGUUUUCAGAUUGGGUACUCAAAGAAUCUCCGGAGGAUGGGCUCAAAAUCUUUACAGAGGACUUGGUGGAGGUGGAGACUUUGCCUCGGCCGCGUGUUUUGGAUUGCCUAUUAAGAUCGCAUCCGUCGUUAGUCAUUCCGUAUUUGGAACACGUAGUUUUAACGUGGUGCGAUAAGAAUCCCUUAUUUCACAAUGCCCUCGUGCAUCAGUAUCGCGAGCAAGCUAUGGCUGAUGAUCCCAUAGCACUCCGUGUACAAAAGAAAUUGCUGGAUUUUCUCGAAACCUCCCAGUAUUAUACGCCUGAUACUGUUUUAAUACAUUUUCCUUUGGAUAAGUUGCUGGAAGAAAGAGCUGUGAUUUUAGGGAGGCUCGGUAAGCACGAGCAAGCGUUGUUUAUUUAUGUGCGUGUUUUGGGAGAUGUUACACGUGCCGUUUCUUACUGUGGCAAAGUGUUUGAAUCGUCCGCAAAGAAUGUGGGAGAGGAGGUGUAUGUUUCUUUAAUAAAAUUGAUACUCGAUCCUAAUUCGGCACCCAACUCAUUCCCCCAGACCUGCCUUUCACCGGUUACGGCUCAACCUAACUUAGAACAAGCAUUACAGUUGCUCGAGGAGUUUGGUUCCAGAGUCAAUCCGUUAUCAGUGUUAGCUGUAAUUCCUGAUUCUGUGCAUAUUUCCAGGAUAUACAAGUUCCUACAAAUGGCACUUCAUAAGGCAGUCGAGGAUCGUAGACAUGUGCAAUUACUGAAGGGAUUACUCUACGCCGAAUAUUUACAAUGUCUUGAGGCCAGGUUACAUUUGCAAAGUCAAAGUGUACACAUCACCGACUUGAAUGUAUGCCCAGUUUGUAAAAAGAGAUUUGGUAAUCAAAGUGCAUUUGUUCGUUAUCCUAAUGGUGAAGUUGUUCAUUAUUCUUGUCAAGACCGAAAAUUGUGAUGUCAUUUUUUACCAAAUAUAUCAACGCUUUUAUCUGUCUAGCUAGAUAAUACCUAAUUGUUAUUACAUAUAUUAUACUGAAUAAUAGGGUGUCAUUGA